AUGGAAAAAUUGCAACACUUGGAAAUACCUUUCAAAGAUAUACAGCUAGCCACCAACAACUUUGAUAAUGGAAAUUUCAUUGCCAAGGGUGGAUUUGGGAGUGUUUACAAGGGCAAACUCCAAUCCUCUGAUGGUGUCAUUGAUGUCGCUGUGAAACGAUUAGAUCAUGAUUCAGAACAAGGGAAACAUGAAUUUAUGAUGGAAGUUACAACUCUUUCUUGUUAUAGACACAAAAACCUUGUCUGCCUAGUUGGGUUUUGUGACAUAGGCAGGGAACAAAUACUUGUUUACGAACAUGAGAGCAGGGGAAGCCUUGACAACUAUAUAGAUAAUCCAUAUGAACUCUCCUGGAUGAAGCGUCUGAAAAUAAGCAUUGGCGCUGCUCGUGGCAUUAAUUAUCUUCAUGAUGAAGUUGGAAGACAACAUAGAAUCAUUCAUAGGGACAUAAAGAGUGCAAAUAUUCUACUCAGUAAGGACUGGGAUGCGAAGGUAGCUGAUUUUGGAUUAUGUAAAAUUAGUCCUGCAAAUAUAAAACACACUUUUCUUGUAACCAAUGCUGUUGGUACAUUCGGCUAUCUGGAUCCUGUGUAUUACAAUACGGCAGUUCUAACAAAAGAGUCUGACGUUUACUCAUUUGGGGUCGUGCUAUUUGAAAUCUUGUGUGGAAGACCCGCAUUUGUACCUGGAUUUGAGUUUCUAGCUCCACUGGCUGAACGUAAGUAUAGAGAGGAAAAAUUAGAUGAUAUAAUUAUCCCUAAUUUGAGGAAUCAAAUGAAUCCAAAUUCUCUUAGCACAUUAGCAACCAUUGCAUAUCAAUGCUUGAAGCCGGAUAGAAGAGAACGUCCAAGAAUGGCUCAGAUCAUUGACAAACUCGUGGACGCAUAUGAAAUUCAAGCUUCUCUCAAAGCAACAGAAUUUGUUCGAGUUGGACUAUGGGGAACUAAAUCAAGUGGAGGUUCCCAAAAUACUUGGGAGUUUAUACUUCAAAAAGAUCAUAAACUAAAGAUGAUUACUAUUGAUCAUGGUGCUCUAAUUUACUCUCUCAUGUUCACUACUGUAUCCAAAGGUAUUCUGUAUUCUACCAAAAAGGCUGGUGGUCGGAAUGGUGGAAAAAAAGUUUCUAAGGUUGUGUUUGAAGAUGAUGAGAAAUUAAUUGGCAUCAAUGGAACAGUUGGGGUGUCAACAGGGAAAUAUGCUGGAUACACAGUAAUUGCGUCACUAUCAUUUCUUUCGAACAAGAAGACUCAUGGUCCUUUUGGUCGAGAAACAAGUAAUCGUUUCACUGUACCAUGGGUGAAAGGAAGUUUUGGAGGAUUUUAUGGACUUGCAGGCUACUAUAUUAAUGCAAUCGGUGUCUACAUCAAGGCUUCGUAUGACCUAAUUGCAGGGGUUGGAAUUUGGGGAAGUAAAGAGCCUGGAAGUCGUAAUAACCAUUGGUCAUUCCAGCUUGAGAGAAAUCAUCAUUUGAAGAAAAUAACCAUUGAUCAUGGGGAUCUUAUAUACUCACUCAAGUUCACUACCGAAUUUAGGGGCGAAGAGAUAACUUCUAACAAGGCUGGUGGUUGGAAUGGUGGAGACAUAGUCUCUGAGCUUACAUUUGCUUGGGACGAGGAAAUUACUGCUAUCAAUGGAACAGUUGGUGUCUCAAGGGGAACCUAUGCUGGUUAUACAAUAAUAUCAUCACUCACAUUCAUCACCAACAAAAAAACCUAUGGACCUUAUGGUAGUGUAAGAGGGACUCCUUUCACUUUACCAUGGGACAAAGAUUCAUUUGCUGGAUUUUUUGGCCGUUGUGGCUAUUAUAUUGAUGCCAUCGGUGUAUAUUUGAAAGCUACUAUAUAACUAACCAGGUCAUUCUAAGGGUAAAGAGUAAAAGCCUUUUGUUGCUAGGAAACGUUGGGACCCUUCACACCUUUUGUUACUAUGAAAUAUUGAUAUGCUUUCAUACUGUC